AAUGCCUAUACGAGAUCUUGGUACUGAGUCUCUGAACUUUGAGGAGCCUGCACCAAGGAAUUUACUUCAGCAUUAUCCCCUCGUAAAGAAUAUGGGGAAGCAUUUCCAAAUGUAAAGUCAAACUCCAAAUGCUUACACCAGAAUGAUGAUCCAAUCAUCUCGUACCAAUGACCACAACAAGUUACCAGAGAAGAAGGGUCGCGCUUCCCCUCCAAUGUGGUACAUUGCUAACAACGAACUGGAUGCUUUGCCAUCGUACAUGAAACAAAGGCUUACUCUGGAUAAGGUAAAUGCAGCAAUUAAUGACAUGGCAACAUAUGCUGACGCAAAUGCCCAGAUUAUCAUGGCCCCAAGAAAGAAGCUGUCAGAGAAUAUGUUGGACAGAGCUCUGGAAUUAAGGGAGAUCUCGUGGAAUAAUGUAGUGAAAGGAAAACAUUUCUUUCUGGAAGCUGAUAUUAAAGGGCCUGCAUUGAAACUUGACAAUACAGGGAAAGCAACACUGACAGUACUUCGGCACCUUGGUCGUAUAAGUGAAAGUCGGAUUGGGCAUCAUCGUGUCAUCAUUCUUCUAAAGCCUCAAUAAUUUACCAUUCGCUUUUCAAUGAACUGAAAGUCAUUGCAGUUUAUGGUUCGUAUUUUUAUACUUAAUAUCCAGACAGUAAAGAAUGCUAUUUGGAAGAUGACUGCUUUUGAACAUUUUGAUUUUAGGGCAAAAUGUGUCUUAUAUAUGGCAUUGUAGUUAGUCUCCAACCACUAAAAUAUUAUAGCUUGAAAAUAUUCAUUAUGCAAAUAUUCGUGUUUUUACUA